UCAUCAUGUCUGGACGCGGCAAGGGCGGUAAGGGUCUCGGCAAGGGCGGCGCCAAGCGUCACCGCAAGAUUCUGCGCGACAACAUCCAGGGUAUCACCAAGCCCGCUAUCCGCCGUCUCGCUCGCCGUGGUGGUGUGAAGCGUAUCUCCGCCAUGAUCUAUGAGGAGACCCGCGGUGUUCUCAAGUCCUUCCUUGAGUCUGUCAUCCGUGACGCUGUCACUUACACCGAGCACGCUAAGCGUAAGACCGUUACCUCGCUGGACGUUGUCUACGCUCUCAAGCGCCAGGGCCGCACUCUGUACGGUUUCGGUGGUUAAGUGCGUUCCCCUCAGGAUGUUCUGGGCCUGGCGUUGGCGGGAAUUGCGCUGGCGGCUUUUUGCAUGCCGUCUUAUUUUCCCCGUUGCCGGUCCUUGGUUUCUUUUAACGCGCCACGGUGUGAUGGUUUUUUCCCUUGCGGUUUUUUUUUUGCCUACAAUAGGCUUAUGAUGGCUCAACUGGGACUAUCUUAC